AUGUCAACGGAGAGGCAACAGCUGCUUUUUGAGGGCUUCCUGAAGAAACGGAAAGAUACAAUGAAAAUGAAGUGGUCAACCUAUUGGUUCAGGCUCCAAAACACAACAUUAUUCUUCUACACUAAGAAACAUGGGAGUGCUUCACACCUAAGAGGCCUGUACUACAUCUACACUGUGCAGUCUGUGCGUGAGAUCCAGAGGGAGAAGCGUAAGCACUACGUGUUUGAAAUCACCAUGAAGAAUGGGAAGAGGAAAGUACUGGCUGCAGAGACAGGGGAUCUGAGGAGGGAGUGGAUUGGCCAGCUGUGGAGGGCCAUGCAUCUCUCAGGCCCAGGGGGAACAGACCCAGGCUGCAUACGACAGCAGGAUGUGAGGACUGAUGACCUGAAGGCCAGAGGUCGCUUCAGCACCUAUAACAGCUCAGAAUGUGACAGCAUGAUGGAACCACUGGGGGUUCAUCGACCCCUCUCUGCACCCCUCAACCCCUCCACCCCUGACCAAGACCUCGACCAGGGACACAGGAUUACCCACUGCCUCUCUGGCCCCCUCACCCCUGACCAAAAUGUGGGGCACAGGGCUACCCUCUCUCUCUCCCUCACUGACGAGCUCAGUAAUGAGGAAGCCAUAUGCCAGAACACCAUCUCACAUUAUGGAGAGGAGGAUGAAGACAGUGUCCAUAGAUUUAGAAGGAGAUGUGACGAGGAGAGAGAUGAAGAAGAGGAGGAAGAGUGUAAGGAGGAAGAGGAUCAGUAUGACAUUCUACCAGCCCCCCGGAACUCUGAGUAUCACAUCAACCAAUCAGAUGAAGACUUGACUGACGGAGAGGACCUCUAUGACUUCCCACUGUCCAAUAGGAGGGCAAGUGACCGCCAAGAUUAUAGGGAGAUGACAGAGAGCAUCUAUGACGUCCCCAGUUCCCUAAUGAGGAAAAUGUCUGAACACACACUUGCAGAGCCUUACCCUGGAGGUGAGAUACUGGUGGAGGACAGGGGCCUCCUGGAUGACAUGAUGGCCAGUCUGGGUGGAGGGACGGUGGGCUGGAUAACAGGUGCUUCUACUGUGGAGCCCUACGGGCUGGCUCAUCAUGGCUCUUAGGACUGGUAUAUAGUAUAGACUCUGGAUAAUAUAGACUGAAUGAGUUUUCCUCAUUCAAAUUGUUCUAUAAAGCUUGACGCAUUCUGUUAGAGAUUUAAAUACGUUUACAUUUUAUGAAAAAAAAAUCUCCUUUGUCAUGAUAUUCUAUUCUAUUGACUUCUCUUUUAAUACAAUCUACUGUCAAGGAAAUACCAUAUUAAAUAACUAACUUCAUACUGUCAAAGUGUUCCACUUAGUAUAUAAUGUCAGGAGAGAGGUACUAUAGUAUUCAGGCAGACCCUAUCCUUCUUUUUUAGGAGGUAGAUCAGCUUUAAUACUGCAGAUACAUUGUGGCUUCUAUCAAUGUAAUUGUCUGCAUCAUUUCCAAUCACACGUGUAUAUUUUUUGUAAAUAUAUAGAGUAUAUAUUAUUUUAAAUAUAUAUACAUUUUAAAUAUAUUUAUCUUCUUUAUUAUUUUCCCCUAACCCUACCACCCCUCCCUUAAUUGGAGUAAACAAAUGAAAUAGAUUUGACUUCUUUAUUAAUUUCCCCUAACCCAACAAUACUUAGGCUUCCACUUCCAGGUUAUACAUACUACAUACAUUUAAUGGAAAAUAUAUUUGACAUUAGUUAUCUUCUGUUAGUUUUUAGUCCCAGCCUUCAGCUACCAUCAACACCUCCCAUCUACAGUGAGGGGGGGAAAGUAUUUGAUCCCUGCUGAUUUUCUACGUUUGCCCACUGACAAAGAA